AUGGCUCAUCGGUUGUUACGAGACGAAGAUGCGGAUGGCUGGGAGCGCAGCGAUUUUCCGAUCAUCUGCGAGACUUGUCUUGGAGCGAAUCCCUACGUUCGCAUGACCAAGGCGAGCUUCGACAAGGAGUGCAAGAUCUGCACGCGACCCUUCACGGUGUUCCGAUGGCGGCCCGGUCGCGACGCGCGCUACAAGAAGACCGAGAUCUGCCAGACGUGCUGCAAGCUCAAGAACGUCUGCCAGGUGUGCAUGCUGGAUCUCGAGUACGGGCUGCCGGUGCAGGUGCGCGACACGGCGCUCAACAUCAACACCACGGACGCCAUCCCGCAGAGCGACGUCAACCGCGAAUACUUCGCAGAGGAGCACGACCGGAAGGGUCGCGCGGGGCUGGACUAUGAGUCUUCGUUCGGGAAGGCUGCGCCGAACGACCUGCUGCUGAAGCUGCAGCGCACGACGCCCUACUACAAGCGCAACCGCGCGCACAUCUGCUCCUUCUUCGUGCGCGGGGAGUGCACGCGCGGGGCGGAGUGCCCCUACCGCCACGAGAUGCCCAUCACGGGGGAACUGGCGCACCAGAACUUCAAGGACCGCUACUAUGGGGUGAACGACCCAGUGGCAAAGAAGAUGAUGCGGCUGGCAGCGGAGAUGCCGUCACUGGAAGCACCAGAGGACACGAGCAUCAAGACGCUGUUUGUGGGGGGCGUGGACUCCCGCAUCACAGAAGCUGACCUAAAGGACAAGUUCUAUGCAUUCGGGGAGGUCGAGUCCAUCCGUCUCAUCACCCCGCGCAGCUGUGCCUUCAUCACCUUCUCCUCGCGCGACGAGGCAGAGAAGGCCGCUGAGGGGCUCGCCAACAAGCUUAUAAUCAAAGGGAUUCGGCUCAAGCUAGACUGGGGGCGACCCAAAGCAGAGGCUUUGGAAGGAGGGGGGGGGGGACGGGGGAGGGAAGCGCCCUACCAGCCCGCGCCAGGUGGUCCGUCAGGUGCCCCACAACAGUACCCAGGUGGUCCACAACAGUAUUCAGGUGCCCCUCCCGGUGCUCAUCAACAGUACCCAGGUGGCCCAAUAGGUGGUCCGCAACAGUACCCAGGUUUUCCCACAGGUGCACCGCAGCAGCAGCAGUACCCCGGACCUCAAUCCCAACCCUACCCUCCCCAACAGUACCCCGGACCUGGGCCAGCAGGUGCAGGGCAAUAUGGGCCUCCUAGGCCUCAAGGUUAA